AUGUCGGCGGCUUUGGUGCCGUUUGGCACAGGUAACGACGACAGCGGCGGGUACAAUGCGGGUGGGGGCGGCGCCAACGACGGAGGCUAUGGAGGGGGCACGCAGAUGGGGGGGCAGCAGCAGCAGUGGCAGCAGCCCCAACAGCAGGGUGCCGGGAUGCAGGGAGGGAUGCAGCAGCAGGGAGGCAUGCAGCAGCAGGGAGGCAUGCAGCAGCAGGGAGGCAUGCAGCAGCAAGGGAUGGGAGGGGGCACCGGGUUUGGAGGGGGGAUGACACAGCAGCAGCAGCAGCAACAGCCGUUUGGCGUGCAGCAGGGAGGGUCAUCGCAGCAAGCUUUGGUCCCUUACGGCAGCCAAACAGGCCAGCCGCAGCAACAGCAGCAGGGGGGGCUCCUCGCCCUUGGGCCAUCGACUUCUUCCUCCGACCCCUUCGCCCCGACCACUGGAGGCGGCGGCGGCGGCGGAAGCCUUCUCGCCCUCCCCGCGUCCCAGACGUCUACCAACGCCUUCGGCAACAACAACAGCGGAGGCGGAGGCGGUGCGGCAACGGGGAGCGGGGACGGCGGUUGGGACCCCUUCACCACCACAGCUGCGGCUGCGCCGCAGCAGCCUCAGCAACAACAGUCCGGCGGUGGAGGAGCUUGGGACCCUUUCGCGCCGGGCCCUCAGUCUAACGGCCAGCAGCAGCAGCAGCAGGCCCCGCCCCCGGCGGAUGACUGGGGUCUGGGGGAGCUGACGGACGCCGACAUCUGGGGCAACCUCCCUUCCAAGAAGGAGACGGUGGAAGACGAGAGCAACUGGUCAGACGAUGACGCCAGCGAGGGGUCCCGUGAUGACGCCGCUUCAAGAUCCACCAGCCUCAGCGGCGGCGGCGGCGGCGGCGGCGGCGGAGGCCGCGGGGGGCGAGGGGACCGGUCUGGUACGAAGAAGAACUCCAUCCGGCAAGAACAGGAAGACCUGGAGCUUGCGUUGCGCCUACAGCGUGAGGAGGAGGAGCGCGCGUCGACUCCUGGAGGCGGCGGCGGUGGGAGCCGAGGACUGUCUGGCAUCGAUCGGUCAAUGGGAGCAUCCGGCGGCAGCAGGGAGGUGGCCAUAAGGCCGCGGCAGGCGGCCGGCGGCAAGGCGGACGGGGAGUGCUUCGCCCGCAUCUCGGUGCGCACGCUCCUGGUGAAGAAGUGGAAGACGACGUACUUCAUCUUCGAGCUGCCGGACCUUCUUCUGCUCUACCGCUCGCGAGACGACCACAUGUACAACCCCAGGGGGACGAUGAUCAAGAAGCGCGUGGAGGUCAAGCACAACCACACGCUCACGCGCCUCAAGCGGAAGGUCUACAAGGAGCACGGUUACCUCUGGCACUUCACCCUGGAGGAGCAGAUGGACUACGGACCUAGCAUCGUGGCCAAGUUCGCGCAUCACGAGCGCCGGGUGCUGGAGGACCUCGGCCAGAGGUUGGCCGAAGCCAUCCGAGAGAAGCGGCGCCUACGCCAGCGCUUCAACCAGUACGGUGGCUCUGCGAACCACCGCGGUGGUGGCGGUGGCGCCGGAGGCUACGGCGGUCAGGGGGGCGGGGGGCGUCAGCCGUACAGCAACGGCAUGAACAACGGCCGUCGCGGAGAAUACGAUGAGGGAGGCAGCGUAGGAAGGGCUCGCUCAUCAGGCGGCGGCGGCGGCGGCGGCGGCGGCGGCGGCGGCGGCGGGUCCGCGGCCAGCGAGAGGGACAAGUACGCCAAGUGGGGAUCGAUCUCGUGAGAUUGCGCGGAUGGCCGACGUUAGAAACGUUUUUUUCUUCUUUCUGGCACGUCCUGAAGAGACUUGUCGCACCACCCGUGGGGUGAUGAAAGGAGAAAAGCUCUUAUGGGUGGGUCUGCUUGCUGUCGCACCUUUGGCUUUCGUGCUUCCUGCUAUGCUCUCGUUUCUUGAUGCUGUCGGUGUUGCGGUAGCGCUGCGGGUUUGGGGGAUAUCGGGGGAUAACGAACGGAAGCUAGCUGUUGGGCGGCUUCGCCGCAGUAGUUCGGGGAGGCUUGCGUAUCCCCCGCUCUCUUCUCAUCGCACGUAUGUUAUGUAUGUUUGUGGCUGUAACGCGGGGUGCUCUGAGAGAACCCACCCCCGCUGUCUCUUGCCAUCGUUGUGUUUUUUUUUUUUUGCGUGUGUGGCCGGCCGUAAUGGCCGGGUGCUGAGGGAGAGACAAGACAGGUCCUGUCUCUCUUGGUGGCCGAGCUGGCCAGUAGUACUUCAGCUGACUCGCUUGAGCAUUUCGUUGUGUCGGGCAAUUUUUUCGCCAGCGGCUGACCAUGUGGGCUCGUUCUUUGUGCAC